GGUCGCAACACGGUUCUGGAAUCUGGCCUCAUAAAAAGCCAGCCAAUUCGAAUCUCCAUCCUCGAGUUCCAUAGAUUUUCGAGACCGCGGUAACAGGAAUGACACGGUCAAAGGUGCACAACUGCCGCUAGCUAACAGGAGGUGACGCGGAUUAGCGGCGCUCCAGCAGAAGAAGUUCCCCGCCGGCCUUGUCCUUGCCGUUUCUCCGGUUCUGCUAAAUCGUGCUGCCGACGAUAUAAAGCUACGCGACAGAGGAGUUGGCGCUUAUCGACUCCAUCACGCGCCAUGACUCCCAAGAGCUGGAAGCGCGCUGUUUUGCUCUUCUCCAGCCUACUCGUGCAAUGUGAUCCGUCUCGCGCGCACCAGUCGCUCCAGAUCGUGCUUGUGUCUCCGACUCUGGCCAUCAACUCUGUGCCUUUCAGCACCCGGGCCCACUAGAUGCGACGGACGAACGAAGUGCUGUUGCAGUCCGGCUCUCCCUGCCCCUUCGCCGCCUUUUCGAGUGUGAUUGUGAACCACACCCUGCCGGGAAUGGGCGAGCUGGUCUGCACCGGGUAGACAGUGGGCGCGAGACUGGGGAUCCCACCAUGCACGGCAGGAGAGAUGGCGGCCAUACGGAACUGCUCCAAGAUCCUCACAGAUCCUGCCGGUCCUUACAAGCUGGCCCCAGCAGAAGCUACGAAGGCCUUCGCCUCGCUGAGCCUGUAUACAAAUGCGGAGAGCUGUCCCAUGGUGCUCAAAGCUCAUCUUGUCAGCGAGCUUGCAGGAAAACUGAGAUAUUCCAGUGCGCUGCUGCGAUCCGUUGGUCAGGCUUUCGGGAGUACAUCUACGGGACGAGUAUCGAGACUCUGAUUCGGCAAGGCUGGGGCCAGAUCCGCAUCUCUUCCGCCGAGAUCUUCAGGAUUUGCCCACAAAGACCCCCGGCUCCUGCAGAUCACAUGCUCAAUUGAUG